AAUAAUAAAAUACAACUUUUUGCGAAAUCCUAAAAAUUCGAAGUCAAAUGUGUUCUACACAAUCACGAACUGUUGAGCAUUAUAAUUAAGCUGCUUGAAUUUUUGCAGUUCCCUCUGAUCCGUCAGUUUAAUCAAAGGACUCCCAAUUCCGGCUGCGGGUUCGUGCGAAUUCGAAGGAGAGAUGGUUCUGACGCAGAAAAUCCACGAGGCAUUCAAGGGAACGGUGGAGCGAAUUACGAGCCCCCGCACUGUCUCCGCAUUCAAAGAGAAAGGCGUUCUCAGCAUCAACGAGUUUAUUGUCGCGGGCGAUAAUCUCGUCUCCAAGUGCCCCACAUGGUCCUGGGAAUCUGGUGAACCUAGCAAGAGGAAGUCAUAUCUGCCCCAAGAUAAGCAAUUCUUGAUUACUAGAAAUGUCCCAUGUCUUCGUAGAGCUUCCUCAAUUGAGGAAGAAUAUGAGGCUGCUGGAGGUGAAGUUUUACUGGAUAAUGAGGACAAUGAUGGUUGGCUGGCAACUCAUGGGAAACCUAAAGAAAACAAAGAUAACGAGGAUGAAAAUUUACCCUCCAUGGAGACAUUAGAUAUAAGCAAGAAGAAUACAAUUCAGUCAAUUUCAUCUUACUUUGGAGGAGAGGAAGAGGAGGAGAUUCCAGACAUGGAAGAAUUUGAAGAAGCAGACAACCUUGUUGAAAAUGAUCCUGCAACCCUUCAGACUGCGUACCUUGUGGCUCAUGAACCUGAUGAUGACAACAUUCUGCGAACCCGAACAUAUGAUGUUAGCAUCACGUAUGACAAAUACUACCAAACACCCAGGGUCUGGCUCACUGGAUAUGAUGAGUCAAGGAUGCUGUUGCAACCAGAACUUGUCCUUGAAGAUGUUAGUCAAGACCACGCACGCAAAACGGUGACAAUUGAAGACCAUCCGCACUUGCCUGGCAAGCAUGCUUCUGUACAUCCAUGCCGCCAUGGUGCUGUAAUGAAAAAAAUCAUUGAUGUGCUAAUGUCAAGAGGAGUAGAGCCCGAAGUUGACAAGUACCUCUUCUUGUUCUUGAAAUUUGUGGCUUCUGUGAUCCCUACCAUAGAAUAUGAUUAUACAAUGGACUUUGAUCUGGGUAGCUCUAGCUCCUGAUUUCAAGAAUGUUGCGGGCAAAUAUCAUGAAACCUCAAAGCUCUUAUACAGCAUUACUCUCAGCUAAAUGCUGCAAUCAUCGUUCUUUGUACAUAAAUGUCCAAAAGAAAAAACACUCUAUUGGACUUAUUCCAUAAUUAUAAGGGUAUUCUAGGUGUUAAUUUGGGUGGUUUCAUGUUUAAAUGGACUAUUUGGGUGUGUUGGUUCUCGUGUCAUAUUGUCAUCAUAAAUUAUAAUGACAUGUAUCAUAGUUUGACCUUAUUUUGGUUUCCUUAAGCCUGUGGCUCCGGAUGAAAA